AGACCCUGCCAAAAAAAAAAAAAUGCUACUUAACACGCCCAAAGUCACAUAAUUGUCAAGGAGCAGAUCUGGGACUUGAACAUAGGCAGAUUAGCUCCAAGCCUAUUUGCUUAACCUGUAUACCACAAUGCCUUCUUGUUAUGAUAAAACAUCCGAAAAGACCUAUUACCCUUUAGGUCCUCUACAGAGGCAUGUUGCCUUCCUCUUAGCAAUACGAGAUUAGCUCCAACAGAAGACUGUGGGCUUCUCUGGCAUAUGCACCUGGGUAGGACCCAGAGAAUACCUGUGGAGUCUGAAUCAACCCAAAAGCCAAUAUCCAUCCGUUCUUCAGGAACCCCAGCCUACAACGCAAAAGAGGAAAUCUUCCUAAGUAGAAAUAAACUGUAAUAAAUUGCAGAGGUUCCCUCGUCCUGGUUUUCACUUCAUGUUUUGGAUGCUGCACGCCGGGUGAGCAGAGAUCCCAGGCACUGGCCAGGGCAGCUGCCCUGACUCCAAGGGCUGCCAUGAACAACUUCCAGGCCAUCCUGACUCAGGUGCGAGUACUGCUGUCCAGCCAUCAGCCCAGCCAGGUGCAGGCCCUCUUGGACAACCUGCUGAAGGAGGAGCUCCUCUCCAGGGAAUACCACUGCACCCUGCUCCAUGAGCCUGAUAGUGAGGCUCUGGCCAGGAAGAUCUCUUUGACCCUACUAGAGAAAGGAGACCUGGACUUGGCCCUCCUGGGGUGGGCCCGGAGUGGGCUGCAGCCCCCAGCAGCCGAGAGGGGCCCUGGCCACAGUGACCAUGAUGGUAAGUUGGCAUCACUUUUAAUCAAAGAGCAAUGACAGACUGUAGGCAGCUCAAGGAUUUUUCCCUCCUCUCUGAAAGGGAAGUCAACGGGAAGGCAGACUGGUGUCUGGUGAGCUGGCAGGAGCAGUGAAAACUUGGAGCACUGUCUCUGUUGCUGGGUGUGCUGGAGCGUACGGUG